AUGGUGAGCGGCUACGCCUCUCCCGAGGCAGUCCUCGGACUCUGCUUCACCUUCACCAGCAUCGCCUUCAUCUCUUGCGUUCUGCGCAUGUACUCACGCCUCUUCCUCGUGCGACAGCCAGGAUGGGACGAUCUGUGUGUCUCAAUCGCAAUGACGUUCACGAUAGUCGAUGCAGGGGCUCAAGUGUUCAAGAUACGAUAUGGCAUGGGCCAGCAUACCGACACUCUGAGCGAUGCAGGGCUCAGCAAUCUGGAGAAAUCACACUGGGUUGCGGCGUGGAACUAUUUCUUUGGUUUGGGCUUUGCGAAGUUGUCGAUUAUCUUGCAGUGCUUGAGGAUUUUUGCACACGUUCCUAAGUUUAGGAGGUGGGCUUGGGCAUUGCUGAGUAUUCAGACUGUAAGUCGUGGGCAUGGCUUGGUGGCAACGUAUGAAAUGCUGACUUUAGCGUUGCAGCUCUUCACGCUAUGGACUGGCAUCCAGUCGAUAUUCCUGUGCUAUCCAGUCGAGUACUUUUGGGAUAAGACCAUCGAAGGUGGGAAGUGCCUGCCCAGAGUCGAGCUAUGGUUCUUCAUCUCCGGCUUCAACAUCCUCACCGAUAUCGCCACUGUCAUUCUCCCGAUACCUAUGAUCAAAGACCUGCAAAUGCCCAAACGCGAGAAACGCGCCCUGAUGGCUGUCCUCUGCCUCGGCGGCAUAGUCUGCGUCAUCACCAUAAUCCGCCUCUACUCCCUCUACGUCCUCGUCGGCGCCACGGAUCCAGUGCACGAAAUCGCCGCCGGCGCAAUCUACUCGAACCUCGAAGUCUCACUGGCAAUCUUCCUCUCCUGUCUUCCCACCCUCAAAGGCCUGUUGACCAGCUACUUGCCCAUGAUGUUCAUGUCCCGCUCCGACCCGUCCUGCGGGAUGUCAAGCUCUACGGACCUGGAACUUACUGGUCAGGGAAAGAGUCAGCAUAGUGUUACUGUGCAGGCGAGCGAGACGGGGAGUAGGAGGGAUUGGAGUAAGGGGAAGUUUAGAUUUAGCGGACGGGGGAGUUCGGUGUUUGGGGGCAGGAAGGAGAGGGUGGAUAUUGAUAGUGAGGUUGAGGAAGGGAGUUGGGGUAGCAAAGAGGGGAAGGGUUAUUGGAAAGGGGAGAUUGAAGUUGUGACGACGGUGGAGCAGGUUGAGAGGAGACUGGGGAGUAGUUCGGAGAAUCUUGUGCCGGUUGCGCAGCCGCUGGAGAGGCCGUAG